AUGGCACCCGCACAAUCCAAGCCGUCGCAGACGAUCCAUGACUACCUCCUCUGGCUGGUCUGGAAAUUCGUCAGAGACGCCCGCCCCGUGACCAGGACCCGGCCUGGCCAGGCGCCGGACCUCGACUCAGAAGACCUGCUGGAGGAGUUGAUCUCCGAUUCGGCGGUCGAGUUCGCGGAGGGCCUCGCGGAGGCUCUGCAGGGAGACUCGCCGCCCCUCGCGGCGGAGUAUAAGUCUCUGCCCAGCGACGCCGACGGCCCCCGUCGCUGGGGCGUGUACCUCCUGGUCAUGGAGAAGGAAGGCCAUCGGUCCAGGACCUACGUGGGCUCGGGCACGGACAGGGUGUUGGGCUUUGCCCAUCGGUGGGAAGAAUACGAUCUCAGAGUCAACCUGCCCAAGUACGUGCGGGAAGCCCUGGAUGACGGAUACUCCGUCACGCACAAGGGCCUGCUCUGCUGGUCUCCCAUCCCCCCCGUCACCCAGAUCCUCCACGUCCGGUGCCUCCUCCUCAUCCUGGAGAACGCCUUCGCCAUCGCGCUCGGUGCCAUGAAGGAAGACGACGACCGCAUGCCCCGCCUCUGCCCCUGGCCGCUGGAGGCGCUCGAUUACGAUGGCUGCUGCUCGCACCACGCCUACUACGAGGGUUUGCGGGCUAGCAACACCGACCGCCUCACCCCUGAGGAGUUGGCGGCCUGGGACGCGGAGAAGAAGCUGAGGAAAAACAAGCGGCAGACCAACUACGUCAACGAGAACAAGGAACGCAACCUGGCCGAAUGGCAAGAGAGACGCCGCGUCUGGCACUCGAGACUGGACCCCGCCAUGCUGGCGGAUAGUGCACGAAGAGUCAAGGAGAAGAACAGAGCGCUGCGCAAGUAUGCGUGCGACAUCUGCGAUAUGGCAUUUCCGAGCCAGAUGGACCUGGAUCUUCACCACAAGUCGAAGCGGCACGCACAGAACGCAACAAGGGUGACCAAGCCCGCCACACUCCCCGGGUCAAUGGCGCGGAAGAGAUCCAACAACGUCGCUGCGCGCAAGUAUUAUUGUGCCCCGUGCGAUCACGCGUUCCCGUCCCGGCAAGCCCUCGAUAACCAUAGCAAGACUCUCAAGCACAUGAAGGUCGUCGCCGCUGAGGGUGGCACGGGGGAAGCUGGUGGAGACUCGGCGGAUGCCUGGAAACCUGCGGCUGGCACAGAGGAAGCUGGCGGAGACUCCGUGGAGGCCGGGAACGCCAUGCGUGCUGCCGAGCGGGAGCAAAGUGCCAAGCGGAAAGCAGCGGCCAUUGCAGCAAAGAAAUACUACUGCAAAGUCUGCGACUACGUUGGUGCGACAGCAACCGGGCUGCUGAGGCACAAGACCAGCAAGAGGCACAGGGAAGCUAUUGCUGCUGCUGGUGCUGAGGCUAACGGAGACUCCGCCGAGGAUAACGGAGACUCCGCCGAGGAUGAGGUCGACCCCGUUGUUACCUGGGAGGCAAUCAAGCUUGCCGGGCGGCGUCGUAAUAAAGCGAAGAGUGAUGCGAACGUCGCGGCAAAGAGAUUCUACUGCGGCAUCUGCGACUAUGCUGCCGGGACCAGUCGAAACCUGCUGUUGCACAAGAGCGGGCCCCAGCACAAGAAGAAGGCUGCUGCCGCUGGCGUCGACGAUGAUGAUGGAGCCUUCGCCGAGGACGGGAACAAUGUCGAUGCUGCUGUCGCGCUCUCCUAUGAUUCCAUGUUGGUCAAGGUUAUUGCCACGGGUUCGACGUACGAGAUUGCUCGUCGGAAGAUGCUCCGCGCCCUGAUCGAGUUCAGAAUUCGUGGAGUGAAGACGAACUUGCCCUUCAUAACGUCGCUCCUCACUCACCCUACCUUCAUUGACGGCAAGUGUUGGACUACAUUCAUCGACGCGACGCCAGAACUCUUCGACCUCGUUGGAAGCCAGAACCGCGCUCAAAAGCUCCUCGCCUACCUCGGCGAUGUCGCGGUCAACGGAAGCAGCAUUAAGGGCCAGAUUGGUGAGCCCAAGUUCAAAGGCGACAUCAUCAUCCCGCAGCUGUUUGACGAGUCCGGAAGCAAGAUCGACGUCACGCAGCCGUCCACAAAGGGUUGGCGUCAGAUCAUUCUGGAGCAGGGCCCCAAGGCCUUUGCCAAGGCUAUUCGCAACUACAAGGGCUGCCUGCUCAUGGACACUACAUGGCGCGAUGCCCAUCAGUCGUUGCUCGCUACCCGAGUGCGGACUGUUGACCUGCUGAACAUCGCCAAGGAGACCAGCCAUGCGCUUCACAAUCUUUACAGCUUGGAAUGCUGGGGCGGCGCUACCUUUGAUGUCGCUAUGCGUUUCCUCUACGAGGACCCCUGGGACCGCCUCCGCAAGAUGCGGAAACUGAUUCCCAACAUCCCUUUCCAGAUGUUGCUGCGUGGCGCCAAUGGCGUUGCCUACGCCUCGCUUCCGGACAACGCUAUUUACCACUUCGUUGACCAGGCCAGGAAGAACGGUGUCGAUAUCUUCCGCGUUUUUGACGCCCUGAACGACAUCAACCAACUCGAAGUCGGCAUCAAGGCGGUGCAAAAGGCCGGCGGUGUUUGCGAGGGCACAGUCUGCUACAGUGGCGACAUGCUGAACCCCGAGAAGAAGUACAACCUUCCGUAUUACCUGGACCUUGUCGACAAGCUUGUUGCCCUUGAUAUCGAUGUGUUGGGUAUCAAGGAUAUGGCCGGUGUCCUCAAACCGCAUGCCGCCACUCUUCUUAUCGGUUCCAUCCGGGAGAAGUACCCAGACUUGCCUAUUCACGUCCACACCCACGACUCGGCCGGUACCGGUGUUACCUCCAUGGUUGCUUGUGCCAUGGCUGGCGCUGACGCUGUCGAUGCUGCCACUGACAGUCUGUCUGGCAUGACUUCGCAACCCAGCAUCAACGCCAUUAUUGCUUCGCUUGACGGCACUGGCAAGGACCCUGGCCUCAACCCCCACCACGUCCGGGCCCUGGACACCUACUGGUCCCAGCUCCGCCUCCUCUACUCGCCUUUCGAGGCUCAUCUCGCGGGCCCCGACCCCGAAGUGUACGAGCACGAAAUUCCGGGUGGCCAACUGACCAACAUGAUGUUCCAGGCUUCUCAGCUCGGUCUCGGCUCCCAGUGGCUUGAGACCAAGAAGGCCUACGAACAUGCAAAUGACCUUCUCGGCGAUAUCGUCAAAGUUACUCCCACCUCCAAGGUCGUUGGCGACCUGGCACAAUUCAUGGUUUCCAACAAGCUUUCGCCCGAGGACGUCAAAGCCCGUGCUGCCGAGCUUGACUUCCCAGGUUCUGUUCUCGAGUUCUUUGAGGGCAUGAUGGGCCAGCCUUAUGGGGGCUUCCCGGAGCCGCUCCGUACCAACGCCCUCCGUGGCCGCCGCAAGCUGGACCAGCGCCCUGGCCUCUUCCUCGACCCCGUUGACUUCGGCAAGAUCAAGAAGGACCUCGGCCGCAAGUUUGGUGGCACUAUUAGCGAGUGCGACAUUGCCAGUCACAUCAUGUACCCGAAGGUCUUUGAGGAUUACAAGAACUUCACGGUGAAGUACGGCGAUCUAUCGGUUCUACCGACUAAGUACUUCCUCUCGAAACCCGAGAUUGGCGAGGAGUUCCACGUCGAGCUCGAGAAGGGCAAAGUCCUCAUUCUCAAGCUGCUCGCUGUCGGCCCGCUCUCGGAGAAUACAGGCCAGCGCGAAGUGUUCUACGAGAUGAACGGCGAGGUUCGCCAGGUCACUGUCGACGACAAGAUGGCGGCCGUCGAGAACGUUAGCCGGCCCAAGGCUGAUCCCACCGACACGAGCCAUGUUGGCGCGCCCAUGGCUGGCGUGUUGGUCGAGCUGCGUGUGCAUGACGGCAGUGAGGUUAAGAAGGGCGACCCGCUUGCUGUGCUGAGCGCGAUGAAGAUGGAAAUGGUCAUUUCCGCUCCCCACAACGGCGUCGUCUCCCAGCUUGCGGUGCGUGAAGGCGACUCAGUUGACGGUUCGGACCUCGUCUGCCGCAUCGUCAAAGCCGAUGCCAAAUGA